AUGUCAAUACCAGACCAAAAUUCUCCAAAUCAUGAGGCAUCUGAUAUGCUUGCUCGUUUAGAGAUCAAUGCGAAUGUCAGUGAGAGUUUACAGGAUCAAGCGAAGGCUGCUCCCAGUGCACCAAAAGUGGAUCCUGCAGCCGACGACUUGAAUGCGACGGCCAUCUCGAAAGAUCCAAAACAGCAGGUUGCUUCCAAUUUGAUCAAGUCCAACUAUGAAGUUAAGGUGAAACUUGCAGAUCUGCAAGCAGAUCCCAAUUCACCUCUGUAUAGUGCUCAUACAUUUGAGGAAUUGGGUCUUGCUGCAGAACUAUUGAAAGGUUUGUACGCUAUGAAAUUCCAGAAACCUUCCAAGAUUCAAGAGCGUGCCCUACCAUUAUUAUUACACAAUCCUCCUAGAAAUAUGAUUGCACAGUCGCAAUCUGGUACUGGGAAGACGGCAGCCUUUUCCCUAACCAUGCUUUCUCGUGUGGAUCCCAAGGUAGACGCCACACAGGCGAUUUGUUUGGCCCCAUCUAGAGAGUUAGCAAGGCAGACUUUGGAAGUAGUUCAGGAGAUGGGCAAAUAUACAAAUAUAUCCACACAGGUAAUAGUACCGGAUUCCUAUGAAAAGAAUAAAGCUAUCAAAAGCCACAUCAUUGUAGGCACACCAGGUACGGUUCUUGAUUUGAUGCGCAGAAAGAUGAUCCAAUUGGGUACGGUCAAGGUGUUUGUGUUGGACGAGGCUGAUAAUAUGCUUGACAAACAAGGUCUGGGGGAUCAAUGCAUUCGUGUGAAGAAAUUCCUCCCUAAAGACUGCCAAUUGGUCCUCUUCUCUGCAACGUUUGACGAUAGUGUCAGAAAUUACGCAAGAAGAGUGGUCCCCGACGCCAACUCCCUAGAACUAGAGAGAAACGAAGUGAAUGUCGAAGCUAUCAGACAACUAUUCAUGGACUGUAACGACGAAAAGCAUAAGUUCCAAGUGUUGUGUGAUUUAUAUGGGUUAAUGACAAUUGGUUCCUCCAUCAUAUUUGUUCAAACGAAGCAAACCGCUAAUAUGUUAUAUGCAGAACUGAAAAAGGAAGGCCACCAAGUGUCUAUCUUGCAUGGUGACUUGCAAACCAGUGAUAGAGAUAAACUAAUUGAUGAUUUUAGAGAGGGUAGAUCUAAAGUUCUGAUCACCACAAACGUUCUAGCUCGAGGUAUUGAUAUCCCUACCGUUUCGAUGGUGGUCAACUAUGACUUGCCAGUAACAGCUAAUGGCCAACCAGAUCCAUCAACCUAUGUCCACCGUAUCGGCAGAACAGGCAGAUUUGGCAGAACAGGUGUCGCUAUUUCCUUCAUCCAUGAUAGGAAGUCCUUUGAUGUCCUGUCUGCUAUUCAGCAAUAUUUUGGUGACAUAGAUAUCACAAAGGUCCCUACUGAAGACAUGGACGAGAUGGAAAAGAUAGUAAAGAAAGUCUUGAAGUGA